AUGUCUCAGCAAACGAUGCAAUACUCGCGGCGAUCGCCGUCUAUCAACACCUUCAGCACAUCGUCAACCGUGCCUCCCCGCCGCCUAUCGUACCUCGCCGACGACCGAUAUCCGAAGAUCGACCUCGUCCCGGUCCGGCGGUGCGAGUCCCAACCCAUAAGCUAUGUCGCCGCCCUUCGGAGACAAAAGGGAACCGUAUGGUGCGAUCGUGCGCAACCUCAGGACCCCGCCCUCGCCGCUCAAAUGCGUGCCGCCAAGGCCAAGGCAAGCCGUGCCAUGCUCGGAACACCGAGCGCUACGGGCAAGGUUGCGGCCAAGAUCAGGCAUCAUGGCAAGCCCCUCGUUGCCGGCUACGCCACGGGCGAAAACCACGUCGGCGUGGGUGGCGUCCCGCCCAGGCUAAGUGCCACCGAGGUCGAGGGCGAGAGCACCGACGACGACGAGAGCUACAACAAGCUGCAUCAUCGUAGAACGGGAAGCAGUGGGCGCAACAGCAUCGCCAGUGCGGGCCGCAAAGGCCUCGCCUACCGCACAUCGGGCGGUCUCGGUAGCCAGAAGAACAGGAGCCCCUCGGACACGCCAGAACGCAGCGGCAGCCUUGCAGAGGAUCGACGCGAGGGUGGCCCUGCGGGUGUGCCUGGUCCAUCCGGCGGAGUUGGUCCCUCAGAUGCCGCUAGCGCCAAAUCCCACAGCACGGGCGCCAGCGCCGAGCGGGCAGACAAUGUCGCGGAUCUCGAACCCGAGCCGGUGUUGGCUAGUAAAUCAAGGCAACACUCGGCACUGGUGAAGAGGGGAGCACCAGAAACCCUGCCGAUCUCGCUAGAAGAGGCAGUGUCGACGAGAGGACGAUGA